UGAGGAUUUCGAAGCACGGCAAUGCAAUCAAAUCCCGAACCAAAGACUUGCCUUGCCUUCUGCUGAUAGUGGAUGGAUACAUCUUAUUCAUAUCCCGCAAAUGGUGACAGAUCUGCGGGAAAUUCCGUCUCCACCGCUUCAGCAAUUCUAACUUCAUUUCAAUGUUAUGGCGCUAUACAAUAUGGAAGAGGGCGUGCGUGCCGCAGGAGUUUCCGCAACUUCAAUUCUGCACCACUUCCCGUACAAAUAAUAAGCAAAACAGCGCCUCUCGGCUCCGACCGUUAAACAACCACAAACAAGGGUGGACUACCACUGGGGCGCCCGCACGACCUACCCCUUCAAAUUUCUCUCGGCCGUGAUUUCCCACCAAGACAAAACUCAAAAAAAUAAAAGAAAAGAGCAAUGUCGGAGCCGCAAGUUGGCCCCGCCGAACCCAGGCUCAUAUGCAAUUCCCCGCAGUGGCAGGCUGAAUCACGCUUUUUGUCCGAUGCAUACUCUACAUUGCGUUUGUCCGUGGGCCAGCGCGAGUCCACGACGACGCCGUCUGCAAGUGCCGUGGAAAAGGCCGUUGAGGCACUCCCAAAGCCCGGUUCUCCCUCGUACCUGUCAGGCCUAGGGUCCGAGGCGGUUUUGAGGCACAUCAACGAAGACAUCGUACCGGCCCUCAAUGGACAGAAUCUCGGCUCGCGAUACUACGGUUUCGUGACUGGUGGAGCGCUUCCGGUCGCCGAGGCCGCCGACAACAUCGUCAGCGCUUUGGACCAGAACGUGCACGUCCACCUGCCGUCCGAAACUGUGGCCACGGCUGUUGAAGAUGCCGCGCUAGGCAUGGUCACGUCGCUGCUGAGGCUGGAGCCGGAGCAGUGGCCUGGGCGGAUUUUCACGACCGGUGCAACCGCCUCAAAUGUGCUUGGCUUGGCUUGCGGGCGGGAAGCUGUCAUCUCGCAGCGGUUGAUAGCCGCUGGGUUAGAUCCAAAGGUGUAUUCUGUGGGCGAUCUUGGCCUGCUUCAGGCCUGUAUCAAAGCCGGAGUCCAUGAAAUUCAGGUCCUCACCAGCAUGGGGCACAGCUCGCUAUACAAGGCUGCCUCGAUUGUAGGCAUUGGCAGGAGAUCAGUCAAAGCAUUGCCCUUGAGCGAUGCCGAGCCUUUCCGCCUCGACAUCGCUGCUGUAGAGAACGAAACGGCCCGGGAGGGUGUUGCAACGAUUAUUGCUGUAAGUGCUGGAGAAGUAAACACCAGCGGCUACGCGACUUCCUCCCGCGAAGACAUGGUGAAGUUAAGGGCUAUAGCGGACCGGUAUGGUGCUUGGAUCCAUGUGGAUGGUGCCUUUGGUAUAUUUGCCCGUGCUUUACCCCAGACAGACGAGUUCUCUCGGCUGCACGAAGGGGUUGCUGGUCUAGAGCUUGCAUCCUCUAUCACAGCAGAUGGACACAAACUUCUCAAUGUGCCUUAUGACUGUGGCAUAUUCCUGACCCGCAACCAAACAAUACAAAGCGAGGUGUUCCGAAACCCCAACGCAGCUUAUCUGCCCCCAUCCGAGUCGCGAACGAUCCAGAAUCCUCUCGAUAUUGGCAUCGAGAACUCGCGUCGUUUCCGAGCGCUUCCCGUGUACGCCGUCCUGCUUAGCGAGGGCCGACAAGGCAUGUCUGACAUGUUUGCGCGCAUGGUGCGGAUGGCACGUCGGGUUGCCGCCUUCGUGCGCGCGUCAGAGGAGUACGAGCUUCUCCUGGAUGAGGAGGAAGUCGGCGUCAUCGUGCUCUUCCGCGCUACGAAUGCGGGCCUGAACAAGAUCCUGGUGCAGAGGAUUAAUGAGACCAGGGAUAUAUAUGUCAGCCCGACUUCGUGGCAGGGAAGUCCGGCGAUUCGUCUGGCGGUUAGCAGCUGGAGGGUCGACGUGGAAAAAGAUGGGGUCGUCGUGGAGGGCAUCCUGAAGGAGGUUGCCAAAAAAUAUCAGUUAGAGCAGUCUUGAGGUACUGGAAAGCACGUUUUUUGCUGCAGUAUGAAGGCGUCAACUCUCGCCGAAGUUACACAGCCGGCUUAUGACUGCGGCUUCCAUCUACCACCGAUCAUGGUGGUAAGACCAAUUUUUAACUUGGCAGUCAAAGAAGUCAGCCGGCGAUAUUUUUGUGGCUUUUCAGUUGCUAAUAUAGGAUCUGAAGAGCACGUUUGCGACUUGGUCUGCCAGAGGGUAGUCUCGAAGUGAUUGUCGUGACUAACACUAUAUACUUCCCAAUGUACCUAGCUAACUUGGGAAUGUUAUGAGAAUGGCCUCCUCCACCAACCUUACAGACUAAAUUAAUGAGCUAAGCAGCAACAAGAGUUCAAGCAGCCGAAGCAUCAAGUUGACGCCGGAACAUCCAAUCGCAUUCAAUAAUACUGGUUCCCAGCCGAACAACCGUAAAUGUUUCUCGGCAUGAUAUCAUUGUACAGUAGCGGAGUGGAGUGUUGGGCGUCGCGUUUAAUAGCACCAUUGGAAACAUACCCUUCUCUGCUCCCAAACAAAACCGGGGGCUGUGCCGCAUACCAAGACCU